AUGGUGGAGCACGCGGUCUACAGAGAAUGUCGGUUUCUGCCACUUCCGUCGCCCAAAUACGUAUGUCUUGCUCCCUUGGAUUGAUAGAAUAUUCAUUCAUUAGUUUGAACGUCAACAAAGCUCAAACUCAAUAAAGAAGUGCCUAAAGAAUAUUAUUUUCAUGAAGUGUCGAGAUGAACUGGCGGCGUCAUGCUCAGAUUUGGCAGAGUUGGUAUUGGCCCUCCAUUCCAAUGCUCCGGUAAGCUCUCAACUGAAACUUUACUAUAGGAGUUACGAUUUCAAUUUAUCGUUAUUGUUGUAUUGAAGCAUUGCGAUUGUUUUUCCCUUUUUUGUAAGAAGAAUUUGUGAAAAUUUUCGGGGACAAGUUUUAUUUCAAAGUUUUAUUUUUAUUUUCACACUAACAACCAAUUCAAAUGUGUGCACCCAGGACUUGGUUAGUUCAGAAGCGGUUGACUGAAAAAUGGUACGAAGUUCAGGAGGAAUUGUUUUCUUUUUUUUUCGAGAAUACUGAAAAACUCGCUUGUUAAUCGCAGUUUUGAUAGCGCCAGCUGAAAAAAUUGAAGAAUUUUCGAGAUCCUCACCCUGCCUGUUAUAUUCUUUCCGCAUGAGGGUUGAAAGAGUUCUCGUGAAAAACAGAACAAAUCUCACGACGUGUCACGAAAACUGCUGAAUAUUACUUCUGGCGCCAAAUUGCCCAAAUGGCCCAAAUCCAAAGUGGCAAGAAAUUAGCGCCUACGGCAGCGGAAGUCAUUCUUCUACACGCUAUUCCUUAUCAGAGAGUGUAGCUUCCACAAAAUCAUUAUUGUCUUCAUGUUCAGCACAUCGGUAUGUCCCCAGUAGGUCUGAAAUUCGCAUUAGUCUUUUACGUUAUGAAACUUCUCCCUUCUUUAUUGGAUUGGAAUAGAGCUAAUCAGAAAGAAUAUUCUUUACCAAAAUUCUGAACUUGCGAAAUUUAUACGAAAUAACUGCAUAUUUUGCGAGAAAGGCGAGGAAAAGACAAAACUUUUUGUCAAAGUGAUUCACGGCGCAAUAUUUUGCAUCGCGUCCCCGUUCCCGCAUGGUAUUCGAUUUAUUCUUUGUUUUUUUGUUCAAACCUUCUUUUUCCUCAAUUAGAUUUUGAAUUCCUUUUUUGAUAGUUGACAUCCUGCAAUAUUAAACUAUUAUAGAAAAUUUUGAUCAUGAUCACGAGUUCUUUUUUUUUGGUUUUCUGUUAUGACAUUUUUAAAUAUUCCAGCAAUCAUAACUCCGGAAUAAGGUUAUGGCGAGUAAGAACUCGACCAUAUACCAUUCUGAUUUAUUGGAAAUCUGUUAUUUUGCUUCGCAGGUGUUCUUGAGGGAACUGUGCAGAAUGUGACUUUAAAAUUGGAUGUAUUAAUCUCUUGUAUUAAUAUAAGUAUCGACGCCGGCGUCACUGUCGGUAUCUCACGUUGCUAAUUUUAGAGCGCACAAGACGAGAUGUCGCUGCGGGAGGCGGCGGAGCGACGGUCUCAGUUUGCACGGCUUCCAGCGCGUUCUGUAAGUGCGCCGCCUCGAAAAAAGUGGUUUCGGAAAGAACGCGCAACAUAUGGUAAGCUUCUGGUAAUUUUUUUGAACAAUGAGGAAAAACUUUGAAGAGUAGCUCUCUAUGUUGCUUGAAUGUGUCGUCUUCAAUCAUUACCUCAACAUAACUUUUUAGUAGGUAUUUCAAAGAAUUUUUUCACAUUUAUUUUGCUUAUCGUACAAUUGGUUUUUAUAAGGAAAGAAGAACGUCAAAACCAAUUGGAGAUGAGGGUGUAAGUUCAUAAAAGCUGUAUUUAUUACUGGGUUACACGUGUUUAGAGCAGAGCUGCUGAUCAGACCGGGGCGACCGCAACGCGCUCCGGGGCGCCCCGCCCCGCGAAGCGGUCACACUGUUAGAAGAUUUCUGGACAUUUACUCAAUGAUAAAAAUGAAUUUUCGUUUUCCUCGAUUUCUUUGUCAGUCGAAACUCUGCGGAUUAUUUCACUUAAACUUCAUUUUAACUUCUUUACUCAGCUAGCGGGGCGGGGCGCCCCGGGGCGACUGCUCAAAAUAGCGGGGCGUCCCGUCAGCAGCACUGGUUUAGAGCAUGACUUCGACCAGAUAUGGGAGAUUCCAGAAGUCGCUUAUGAAAAGUUAAGGUCUGAUUCAAAUUUUAAACUUCUUCAAAGCCUGAGUUUCCGAAAGUUCUCUGAACAAAAGCUAAUAUUUUUUGGCCGUUGUUGCGAGAAGGAUAUUCUAUUCUUCCAGGCUCUCGCUUUUCGACGCUGAUAGAGAAUAAAUUUCUUUAAUGAUAAAUAAUAUUUUCAAAGUUCUGUUUCAAGUCUGACUAGGGUAUGGUAUCUCCUGAUUAUUGACCUGAAAAUUGAGAGUUUGUGGGUUGGGCCUAGGUAAGCUUUCUCAAAAUCAGAAAUAAAAUUCUGCUACACCGCACAGGCAAUCGAGGAUAAGCUCGUUGAAAUUUUCCAGCGAAAGUUAUUGAAAUCAGCCAAAAGGAUUUGAACGAUGGUCAAAAAGUGGAUAGUGCGCAAGACCACUACCACUAUACCACUGCGCAGCUUGCUUGCCGGAGGCCUUGAGUGCGGCCCUUUACGCGCUGGAAAACUUUCGACUACUUUGCCUAUGGAAUUCAGCAGAUUCCAUUUUUGAUUCUCAGUACUCUUAUAGUCUGUGUGCCACGACUUGAAAUUUCACCGGGCGACAUUCCGCUGUUCCGCAGCGCGCCUUUGCGAACCUUGGUCGCGCUUUUAACUUUUUUCUUUUAUUAAGGUGCUCUACUUUUCUGUGCUACCACAGUAAAUCAUUUGAAAGCGUGACCUAUAUUUGAAAGACGCUUCGCGAACGCGCGCAGCUGAACAGCGGAAUGUCGUUCGGUGAAAUUUCAAGUCGUGGCACACAGGUUAUACCUAGGCAUAUCGAGAUCAAAACCUCCCAAUUCUCAACUCGAUGUCCAGUGCAGAUACCCUAGGGAGAGAGUAGUAUUUUUCUUACGAAACGACCUAAACCCACAAAAAUCAUCUGCCCAGAUACGGUUUCGGUGUAGGUUAAUUCUGUUGAAAUAACGACGAAGUCGACUGAUUUUAGAAGUGGCAGGACGCUCGAGCACCGGCAACGCGGUCUGCGACGAGUUCACACGGAAGUUGGUGGCGGCCAUCACCACGUGGCACGACAUCCAUUCCAGUCUUCUGCGUCUUUCUAUCGGUUCCCUUUCUUGACUUGCCGGGGAUUCGCAUUACGCCGAUUGGCAUGUCCGUCGAGACGACGCAGCUCAUACACGAUUCCAUUCAACUCUGCGCGUCGCCUUGACUGUGCCUGACGGCUUUCGUCAUCAUAGCUGAUUCACUUUUGGCUUGACACAUUGUGGAGCAGUUGAAUUAGACGAUACGUUUUUGAGAAGAUUAGCAAGAAAAUGGUAUCCGUUGCGGAUUCAUACUUUUUAUGAGUCUUCAGAACAUUGUCCACGUUUCAGCGUAAGAAUGAUUUGAAAAGUUGAAAAUUUUUAAAAGUUCAAAGAUGAUCUUCACAACGCUAUAUGUACCAACGUGUGAAUGCUCUCAGCUCAAAGUGGUGUCUCUGAAUGAGAUCAUGUUCACUAGAGAAAUAUUUUAAGCUGAUUCCGAAUCACUCUCAAAAUGCUCUCAAGUUCUGCGAAAAAAGGUUGAUUACUUUUCGAUAAAUUCGAUAAAUUCCUGAUUGCGCUUGUUUUUGGAUUGCGAACCGACUCGUCAACAGAUCUGCCAUUUAUCUCAUAAAAGUCCUCCGAAAAUUUGUAUGGAGAUCUAAGAACUGUGUGAUCUCGCAGAAUAGCUAGGAAAUUUUCCGGGUAAUUGGUUUUACAGCUUUUCCUUGGGGAUGGGAUGAAUCAUUAAUAUAUUAUUAAAAACUAUGGGUUUUGAGCGAGUCCGUCCAAAAAGCUGACGGUUAUGUCGAAGUUUAGAAGGAACACAACGAAUUUUUUUCAGAACGGUCCUCAUCGGACGAAUCGAUAGCCGUUCUGUCCAACCAAUCAAGUGAAUCUGACGAAGAAGGUGGCUUUACUGACAUUUUCCGAACAUGUAAAAUGAGGAUUUCCAACUUUUCGAGCUUUCUCAGAACAACGCGUGGACUUCCCCCAAGCGUCCCGCUUUUCCAUAUCCAAUCCUGAACUGACCGACAACCAGCUCAAGCAAAUGUUUCCGGAUCUUUCUGAGCAUUGGAGGUACGAUACUAUAAGAAUAUAGUGUACAUUUUGACACAUUUUUCUGAUUUUUUUGAGUUUUGAAGGUCUCCUUCGCUUUCAGAAAAAAAUUAAAAUUUGAAAUAAAAAAACAAUCAUUUUUUUACAAAUCUCUGAGGAAAGGGAAAGAAUGAGAAUAAGAAAAAAAUUCCAAAUUUCGAAAAAAAGAAUUUUUACUAGACGAUAAUCCUAUUUUAAUUUUAUUAAAUUUUUUUUUUUCAUGACAUGAACUUCACUAUUAUAUUUAACCUCCGCCCACGUAUGUUUCAUAUUUAAUGUUUCAAAGUUUUACUUUCUGAACUGAAUGUUUCUCGAAAAUAGUUCAUUAGUGAGAAAAAUUAAGAGUUGGAAGAAAUGGAAAAGUUAUUUUCUUCUUACUAUCCGUAGACUAAAAAACUUGUCACGUGUCGAGAAACUGUUUUGCAGCAUCUCAUUUUCCUUUCGGAAAAAGAUUUCCAUGGGAUAUGUCGGACCGGAAAUGAGCUUAUACGUGAAGUAGUGCGAAGGUACGCAUGAUAUUAUAAUGCUGUGCCUCUGCCUAAUCUGCCUCUCUUUUCGUCAGCCAGGUCCUGGCCUAAUCGCAUUUCGUCCCGGCACACCUGCUUCGAGAGUGCAGCAGAAAAAACGUUCAGCUUUGAAAAAAAAAAAUGAAGUUUCAAGUAAUUGAGUUGCAAAUUUAAGAGGAUAAUAUAUAGAAUGAGCGUAAAAGUGUGUUACCAUUCUAUGAAAAAAUAAAUAUUGAAAAAAAAAGAAUAAUGUUCAGGAAAAUACAUUAAUCCAUUUCAGGAAUUAAAAAAGAAGAUUAUGGCGGAAAUGUUGAGAAACGUGGCUCAUUAGCUACAAGUACACAAAAAAAGUGACGAAAACCGAAGACGCCAUUAAUGAGCUUUCGACGACCCAUCGGCUUAAUUUCCUCCCAAAAAUGAGGAGGGAGAAUGUCAUCGAGUCUUCCCUGCAACUCUUUUUCCGAGCCUUUCUCUCUUUUGACUUUGGCAGAGCAGGAGGUGUGGCCUUAAUCUCGACGGCGAAAAUUUCCUCACAGCGACAUAAUCCCCUGUAGGUGCGGCGCAGGAUGGCUCGAGCUGCCGCCGUUCUCCAACCGUUCUGCUGACUAUUGGCUUAGCCGCAGGUAUGAUGGCGGCGCUGCGCAAAGACAGCGACGACGUCUUCCUGCCCUCGUUGUCUUCGCCCAAGAAGCGAGACCGCAAGAAGAAGAAGACCGUCGAGGCUGUACAAAGCAACCCGUUGUGUCGAAUAGAAGGCCCAAGUACUUCGACGUCUCCAAAGACACCCAAACGCAACAAGAAACGAGCUUGGCGUGGAGAAUCGGCGGCGAGAAAACUGAGCGAGGCACUUCCGGCCGCUCUACGAAGUCCCACGCAGAUUCUGCGACGAGCCAAGAAGCCUCUUGGACCGAGUCUCAGUUGGGAUCCAGAACGACGCAGCAGCCGAUCACCUUCCUCGACGGCACGCAGCCGAGUCCAUUCAGACGGCAGUUCUGAUGGAGGAGUCGUCCUUGACGAGGAGCCUCAUGGAAUCAUCGAAGAGCCGCGUUUCGAACUCGAGCUCAGCUGUGUACAUUGUGCCAUGGCGGCCGACUACCGUCGUCGCAUGCUCAAGGUCUGUUUUUCGAAUCGGAAGGGAUGUCGCUCCAGCUAUCAGUUUGAAGUUUUUGAACAGUAUAAUGAAGGGCUCAUAGAAGGCGUUGAAAUUUUUUCAAAGGUGAACUUUCAAUAUUUUAAAUAAAAGUCGAGGUACUUGUAUGUUGAAAAGAGUCUUUUGUUAACUUUUGGAAAACUGAAUGAUGUUAAAUAUUUGAAAAUGAUCUAAAUUAAAGUACAAUUUCUGUUUUUUGUUGACGUUUUUUUUGAAUUGUUCAUUAAAAUUGAGUUUCAACUAAUUAUAACAAACAAGGUCACGUGAGUCGAUAAUUUCAAGAUUUAUCCCGUUUUUCAAUAACAAAGUUACUUACGUAUUUACACUUCACUGAAGAUGAUUAUUUUCACGACCGUUUCAAAUAGACUACAAGGUUAAUUAUUCUUAGUCAGGCGUGAUUUUCAAAGUUUGCAUUAAGUACAGAUAGGAGGCUUGUUAGAAUCGUUUUAUCACGAGAAAAAGGGAUAAAUAUCGUUUUUGACAAAAAAAAUUCAAGAGUUGGAAACUUUCUAUCAUCCUGUUUGUUAGCGUUUCCAAACGUAUGUUUCACGGUGUCAGUAGAAACUUUCAGACGGAAAUUGAGAGCGCGGUGAUGCGACUGGCGCGGCGCCUCGGCAACGGACGCAGCGGUUGGCACGAAGAGCCGAAGGCGCCUCGAGGGACGACUCCGGACAUCGUCGUCUCGUCCAUCUCCUCCGACGAAGAGGACCACUCCGUCGACCGUCACACCAGCUCCGAACGCGGCUCCUCACUUCAGACUUCUGAAACCAGGUCUCUUUUCGAGAAAAACACUAGGCUUGCGAGUAAAAAAAAACAAGAAAAAACACGAAACUUCCUCAUUUUUAGCCAGACUCGAAAUAUCUAGAACAAACGUCGGCCAAAUUCUCUUUUUGUAAAAAAUUCCACUUAUUCUCCCUCUUUCAAACUAUCAACGUUUCGAUAUUAAAAGAAACGGCUGAGAAGAAAUUGAAGAUUUGUGGAGGGAAGUGUGCAAAAAGUAGUUAUUAAAAAAACUAGAUUGGAAUUUAGGCCUAGUUUACUUUUUGAGUUCUUGUAAUUUUGUAUCUAUGUCUCAAAUCUUUUUCUUCAAAUCCUCGUCUCCCGUCCUUCUGUCAAGCCAUGAUUUAUUAAGUUUUUUUUUUCCGAAUACACGGUUUUUACACAUUUGUCCGUUUGUUCGAUGCUCGACUGUUCUAGUUACUUGCUCAUAAAGGCCGAUUAAAAAACCUCGCGCUAAAGUGAGUAGGAAUUACUUCCUUGCACAAACUUCUUGUCACCAGAAAACCUCAAUUAGAUUUGAUCGAUGCGCGUUUUCCUGCUCUUUUUUCUCUGUUCUGUAAGCCUCAUGUGACAUAUGUGGAAAAAAAAAGUGAGGAGAUAAGCGGGCGGAUUAUCACGUUUUUCGCUGUGGAUUAGAUAAGUGAGGCUUCACAGGCUAACCUCAUUCAGCUAAUAUACGUAACUCCGCAUCUAACUGAAUAAUCGACCUGAGUGUAUCGGUACAAAAGUUUGGACUUGCCAGGCACCGAAGAUAACUCUAAAAGAUCAUCUUUUUGAAAUGUUCUCAGUAAUAUCAAUUUCUUUCUGAACUUUUUUUUCUUUGUUUCAGGACGCAGUUAAAAUGCAUUAACUAUCCAUUUUAAUCAAUUAAGAAUCUGAAAAAAACUGAGAAGCUGGUGGAAAACAAAAAUUCGCAAAUGGAAAAGAAGCUCUUGUUGUACUAUAACGAAAAAUUGGUUGGAUAAGUGCUAACAAAUAAAUGGUUAGCCAAAAAGUGGCCUUUUUUCUAAUUUCUAAUAAUCGAAAAGUAAUGCAGAACACUAUUUUUAACUCUUGAGAUGGAGUUGAAAUGUUACCGAGUAUAUUGAAGAAUAAACGAGAAACUUUUUUUAUACCUAUUUUUUUAGUAUUUUAACGAUGUUUUGUUUUUCACUGAAAGUAUCGCUUUCCUUAAGUUAUAGUAAAAAUAGUAUUCAGGCUUCGAGGAAAUUUCUAAAACUUUGAGAAUAUUAUUUAAUUUUUCAAAUUAAUUAUUUUGAGGAGAAUAAUAAACUAUUAAAUUUUUGAGGAGAUUAUUUUUAAUAAUUUUUUUAUAAAUUUUUAAUUUAGGUGAGACAUAGAAAAAAAUUAAUUGAAAAAAAGAAUCCACGAGCUCAGGAAAAUUCUUUCGAUUAAAUUAAAUUUUUGCAGCUCGCCAGGAUCUUCGUCGGCGUGUGGAUCACCACGUGUAGUGCGCAACGGCAACGACAUCACGUUUGAAACGCCGGCGUCGGACGCCGCGACGCCGCCUUCGCCGCUGCGACUACGACCACCAGCUCUGCUUUCGCCGUACCCAGACUCUGCGUCGCCUCCGCGUUCCAACUCUGUCGACUUGUCAACCUUGCGUCGGGACAUCGAGCUUCUGAGCGUUUCCUCGGGGGAUUCCGAUGGUGCCUCGGAAACUGAUUUCGAGCCGCCGACGCCGGCUGAAUCUGUCCGCACCUUUCGCUCAAAGAGCCAUGAUCCAGCUGCCACCGCUUCUGUUUUGCGUCGUCCCAGUCGAAUAGAGCAUUUGUCUGAACUGUUCAGGUGCUCCGGUUGGAACAGCCAAAAGCAGUUCAAUGAGAAAAAUAGCGGAUAUUCACAGUUGAUAACAUUUUUGAAAAAUAAAAUUCGUGAAAAAAUAAAAAUCCGAAGCUGAAAUACCAAACUAAGAAUAUAAAUUAUUGAUUAAAGUUCAAAGGAUGUGAGAUUUUUCGUCAAAACACUAGAUCCACAAGAAUUAAAUCUUUAAAAUCUCAUUUUUUCAAAUAUUUAUUUUCCGAUAAAAAUUGCAUCAAAGAUAACAAGGUAUCAAGGACAACCGAAAACGAAGGAGCCUUCCUGAAAAAUAUGAAUUUCAAGAUAUUCAACUACCAGAGAGUCUAACUCGAGUUCAAAAAAACAUUUUUUGGCAAUUAUAAAGUUUUGAAAUGAAGAAGAAAAUAGCCAGUUGUUUUUGAAAAAAAAAAAUGAGGAAAAAUUAUGAGAUAAAGGAGUGAAGAAAUCUAAUUCUGAUAUCUUUCUUUCAGAAAAGCGCUGGCUAAAUCUCCAGUUGUGCGCCGUUCGGCGGUCGAUCAGGAGGUGCAGCUUCUCAACAAACAUCGCACGAGUCGAUAUUGGUUGGAUGAACAGGUGAGGGCCGAUGAGAAUAGCGAACAACAAUCGAAUUUCCUUAUCCAUCAAAAAUCUCUUCCGCAAAAACUAUUUCUUUUUUUGUUUCUGCAGAUUGAUUGGCUUUAAUUGUCUUUUCUGAAAGCAGUUUUUGCAGAUCCAGCCGUCGGAGCACAUCUGGCUGCCCUCGGCGACGAGUUCUUCGGCCUCUGCGGACUCGGAGUGCUACGUCGGCGAGAAAGACUGCCGACGUCAGGGAGAGAAACGCCGUUGCGCGGCCUGUCAUGUCGUCGCUCAUGCCGCCUGCUUUCCUUUGCUCGCCAAGGUGAACCAGUACACCGCUCUUGGAAAAUUGGAAAUUUAUAGCUCGGUCUCAACUGCAAAAUGACGUUUCGGGACUACGCGAUGAAAAAAUCGGUGCCGAAGGAGUCGCUGGACGGACUCACGUUGCACCACUGGGUCCACAAGGUUCUUUUCUCUCGAAUCAUGUCCACCAACCUUUUUUGGUUCUUCAGUGGAGGCACGAAGGUCGUUGCAACGGCUGCGGGAAAUCUUUUCAACAAAAAAUGUUUUUCCAGGGAAAAGAGAAAAAGGCAAGACACUCUUUAUGAAAGAAAUCAGAACCGGAAGUGUUUCGAGAGGCUGGAAUGCCGAAAAAACUAGAAAUUUUAUUAAUGAAAAAUGAAUAAAGGUUUGCUAAAAUGGAAAGAAAUAUUGAAAAAAGUUGAGUUUAAUUUAUAUUUGUAAUUCUGAGUAAAAUAACUGUAUGCAUCCUGAAAAAUAACUGGAUUAUUUUUUUCAGCUUGAAUAUAUUUGUGAAAGUAGCUGCUAGCGAGCGAACAGAAAGCUAGUUUAAAGCUAGGAAAAAUGUUUUUUUUUAGUUUUUCUCAAAUUCUUGUGAAAAGUACACAAUCUGAAAGAUAUGAUAUUUCUACUUCAAUUCAGUAUGUAUUAUUUUGUUUGUACGUGAAUGAAUUGCCAAAAAAGCUUUAUUAUUGCAAAUUAAAAGACGUGGCCUGGUAGCAGUGUGCCCGAGUUAACUUCUCAUGCGCAAAAAGAUAAAAAAAAGUUUUUGAUUUGAGGAAACGAUUGCGGUGACGUGUUCGUGGUGCAAAGAGUCUUACCACCUGAAGAACUGUUUCUCCAAGGAGAAACUCGCUCAGAAGUAAUAGCUUUUUUUGUCUCUUCGUUGAGUAGAGAUUGAGGUGUGAACGCGGAACUCUACGGGAGAUGGUAGUUCCUCCCAACUGGAUCUUACGACUUCCGAACAGGAAAAGAAAUAAAAACAAACAAGCUAAUCGGAGCCAAAAACGAGUGAGUUUUCUGCUUUCGAAACAGAAGAGAAUGAAAUUCCAUUGGAAAAAUGCUUGAAUUUUCAGUCGAUACGUCAGUUCGUGGUGAAACCAACAGAUUUGUGGGCGGCAGGUCCUUCGCAGCCGCUCGUCGUUUUCGUCAAUCCCAAGUCCGGCGGAAAUAAGGUAUUUUAAAGCUGAUUAUUCAUUUUUUCAAGCCUUUCGAUGGUUUUGUAUCUCAUAAAUAACAACUUUCGCAGAAUAUGAAACCCUUUUCAGAAAAAUAAAUGGAAGAAUCACUUCAUCCUAACACAAAAAUAAUUUCUCAUUCUGUCAAAAUGAAUAGUUAUUCAAGGAAUGACAAAGAAUGAUAUCAAAUAAUGUCGAUAGGGGUCCAAGGCGCUUCACACUCUUUGUUGGCUUCUCAACCCACGGCAGGUCUUCGACAUCACCAGUCUCAAAGGUCCCAAGUUUGGGUGAGCGGUUCUGUAGAAUGCAAACUGACUUGUCUUUUGUUCAGUCUGGAGGUUUUCCGGAAAGUCGUGACGCAGCUGAGACUUCUGGUCUGCGGCGGCGACGGAACCGUCGGCUGGGUCCUCUCCACUCUCGACAGCGUCAGUUCAAUGUUUCAUGCAACCUUGUCAUUAUUCGCAAUGCAGUUGAACUGGCCCGCCUACCCACCGAUGGCCAUCAUGCCCCUAGGAACCGGUAACGAUCUCGCCAGGUUAGCAUCGUCUUCCUGUCAACCCCGAAAGCCGUUCAGGUGUAUGGGAUGGGGCGGAGUGUUCUCUGACGAGCCCCUCAGCCAGCUUCUACAGGCGAUUCUUCAUGAAACUACCGUCACGCAUCUGGAUAGGUUUGUUUAAAGCCAGAAAGGGCGAAACUUGAAAUAUUCCACGUAAAACUUUUGGAUCCAAAGGAAAAUUGAACAAUUCAAGAUUUCUAAGUUUUUCUCAUAGGUUUCGAAACGCUUCAAAAUACAAUUUUUUUAUUGUUUUUUUUUAUUGUUCGCUCACAGACAGAUCUGUGGCGUGAAGGAAGAGAGCCAGAAAAGUUAUAUUUGCCUUCACUUCGAUAAAGCUCCACUUCAAUUUAAAAAUAUUGAAGGUCGAACAGAAGAGAAUAAAAAUAAAGCAAUAUAUCAACGAAUUUAGAUUAUGGUCUCCUGAGGUUAAAUUUUGAUUUGUUUUUUUGUCAACACAAACUCACUGCGGUUGAAAAUUAUCUCCUUUCAUAUUUUUCAGAGUUUUUGUGAGUCAACUCCUGCUUCCGGACUCAUGACGCUUUUAACUUGCUCAUUUAUGCUUUUUAAAACGGUCUCUACUUUUUUCAUUCAAGAAAAAAAUUCUCUGGACUAGAUUUUCUAGCACGUUUUGCUCACCUGCUCAUCUUCAGAUGGCGGAUCGACGUCGAGCCCAACACAACGUGCUCCUUGGAGUGCGAAGACGACGAGGCUGUUCAGUCGGCCUUGCCACUCACCGUCAUGAACAACUACUUCUCGAUCGGCGCCGACGCACACGUCGCCCUGCAGUUCCACCAUAGUCGCAGUUGGUUCCGAAGCCAUUUCUCCUCUGAAGGAAAUCUCAGGUGCCAACCCGCAGAUGCUCAACAGUCGCUUGAAGAACCGGAUCGCCUAUGGAGGCUUGGGAACUAUCGAUUUGUUCAAGCGGAGCUGGAAAGAUCUCUCCGAAUUCAUCACUUUGGAGGUUCGUCGCAGCUCAGUUUUGAAUUGAAGUUUUUUUUUGAUUAAAUUUUUGAACUCGUUCUAGGUAUACUUUUCUUUUCUCCACCAACGCAGGUUUUUCAUCAUUUUAUUUUUGUUUACAGUGCGACGGCGUAGACGUGACUGGACGAAUAAAGGAACUGAAGCUGCACUGCAUUCUUUUCCACAACAUCACCUACUACGCGGGCGGCACGAUUCCGUGGGGGACCGACAACAGCGACGCGAAGACGAGUUGCUGCGACGGCAAGGUCGAGGUCCUUGGCUUCACCACAGCCACUCUGGUGAGUUGUUCGUUCUGCGCCCAAUGAUCAACUGCGGCUUCAGGCGACUCUUCAAAUGGGAGGGAAAGGCGAGAGAAUCGCUCAAUGUUCCAGGGUACGGGUUGUGACGCAGAAGCCGAUUCCGAUGCAGGUUAGUGAGAUUGGGCAGAGCCUUCGAAUGGCCUAGAACUCAGGUCGACGGCGAGCCUUGUCUUCUUGCACCCUCCAUCAUUCACCUCAACUUCCACAGCAAGGUCUGCGACCAAGUACCUUUUUCAGAACUGGAAGAGAUUCUCAGGUGCCGAUGUUGCGUCGCGAGAAGAAAACGCCUUGCACGCCGAACCUAAUGAGAAGGAACACGAGGGCAGACAAACGCGACUCCCAGGUGAGAUUUCCCUUUCACAACUGCUUUUCAGGAUAUGGACUUAAUUUCAAUACUAGAAAGAACAAUACUUUCAAGUAGUAAAAUUCUUAAUAAAUUAAAAUUUGGUCUUUAGGUCAUCUAUCCAACUCCAGAACUUCAAAAUUUUUUUAUUUCAAAAAUUUCAAUUUUAAUAUUCAUUUGCGUGUGCUCCCUCAGCAAUAGCAUAGUCUAAAGAUAGAGGAUUUUAAAAGGAAGAAAAAGGUUGUGACGUUGCUCAGGUACAGUCGACGUCUCUAAUCAUGCAGUUGCCAGUGAUAGUCGUCGGUCGGACUGACUACGACACGUACAAAGACUGCUUCGAAAGGCUCAAAGACACAGGUUCCGCCGGCAAGGAAAGCUCUAGACUCCUUUUUCAGCCUACGAAAUCGGAAUAAUCAAUGUGGAGGCGGAAGCGGAGCUCGACGCUGCCCGAGGACUCAUUCAAAGGCUUUUGGUAGAGCACUCAUCGUUGCCCUACGAGCCGGACAAGAAUUGGCGUUUCCUAGAUUGUUCGUGAUUCUUUCGCAUCCAGCUUUUUAGAAGUAUUUGACUCUGGGGGACUGUUGCGAUUGAAAAAAAGAUCCUUUUUAUUCUGGAAAAGAAACUUUUUUUCUUUUUUUCUCGGAGGAAAUUUGAAAAAAAUAUAUCCCAAUUUCGCAUGGUAAGGGUUUUUUUUUUAAAUACGCAAAGUUUAUCAUAUGAAACUUCCAAUCGCAUAUCAAAAUUGUCUUUUUGAAACUAGGUCCUUUUGCUUUUUUGUGUUCUUUGAAAAAUCAACUUUUCUUGAAGAAUCAAAAGCAUGUGGUUUCACUUCUUACAGUUAAACAUAACAUUUUCGCUUUCAAUCAAACUUCAUUUCAGACGUGUCAAACUCAGACGAAGGAACUUUUCGUGUGUCGCGUCAGCAAGAAACGCUGCAAUCGGUGUCGGAUGUGUGCAAUCCAGACGAGUGCGUCCUUAUUCUGGACCACGCUUUUCCGUCCAUCACUGACCGCUCCGCCGAGGAACUUUUCCACCCUCCGGCCAGGUUCGAUCUCGAGUCCCGCCUUGAAAACGAGAAACCCCCACACAGCGCCUGCCCUCCGCCCCCGCCCUCACAGAACACGACGCGAUCGCAGCAUCACCACGGCGGUCGACGUAUCUCCGAGACGUUGCGCAUCGUUCUCAGCAGCGACGCCCAGGAGACCCAUCUCUAG